AUGGCCGCAAACACCGCAGGCAGACUUGAUGGCAAGGUCGCAAUUGUGACCGGCGGAGCGGGCGGCUUCGGCAAAGCUAUCGUGAAGCGCUUCCUGAGCGAAGGCUGCAAAGUCAUUAUCGGCGACCUGAACGAGUCUCUCGGCGAGUCCGCGGUAAAGGAGCUCGACAGCUCCAACGUCCGCUUCGAGAAGAUGAACGUUGCAGAAGAAGACGACUGGCGCCGGGUAGUGGAUGGAGUAAUCGACAACUGGAAGAGGCUCGACAUAAUCGUCAACAAUGCGGGGACGACGUACAAGAGCAAGCCCACGCUGGACGUUACGGCGGCGGAGUUCCAGCGGGUAUUCGAUGUUAACGUCAAGAGCAUCUUCUGGUCGGUCCAUGUUGCGAUUCCGCAGAUGCAGAAGCUAGGGAAUGGCGGGAGCAUGAUCAACAUCUCCAGUAUUGGCAGUCUAAGGCCGAGACCUGGGCUGGUAUGGUACAACAGCAGCAAAGGCGCAGUCUCAAACGCGACCAAAGGCUUGGCCGCUGAGUUCGGCAAAGACCAGAUCAGAGUCAAUGCACUUGCUCCGCUGCUGUCGGGCACAGCGCUAUUUUCGUCCUUCGUAGGCGUUGAGGACACAGAGGAGAACAGGAAACAGUUCACGGCAGCAGUGCCUCUCGGCAGACUGACUGAGCCGCUCGACGUUGCAAACGCGUGUUUGUUCUUGGCUAGCGAUGAAGGCAAGUUCAUCAACGGCGUGAAUCUAGAGGUUGACGGAGGCAAGGGGAUUUAA